CCAAAAGAGUGGGGAAAUUGAGGUACCCGUCAGAGAAAAAGAAGCUAAAGCUUCAGCAGAAGCCUCAAUCUGACUCGAUAAACAAGUUUGAAGGAUUUUGGAGGCUUUCCAAUCUCGGCGUCUCCGCUCUUGCUGACCCGGGCAAAGAUUUUCUGGACGUUUCUGAUGCUUUGCUUCAAGAAAUUGCCAAAGUUCUUGAAAUUCCGGUUGCUUCUAUGUUGCCGCCAGAAGCCUUUACGGUCGUUAGAAAAUCUUUUGAUGCCCGGAAGUCACAGAAGGAGCCAAAAUUUGUAUACACUGUGGAUGUGGAUACCAACAAACUUGUAAGCAUAGAGCCUCGUACAUUGGACUUCAUCUCCAAGUUGGAACCCAAAGCUGGGAUUGUGGAGCAUAUUCUUGACAACAGAAUUUCUGGAGAUGUAACAAGCAUGGCACACUCUUGGAGGCUGCCCAGUGUUAGAAAACCAAAAAUUGCUGUUGUGGGUAGUGGACCUGCUGGCAUGUUUGCUUCCCUGGUGCUUGCUGAAUUUGGUGCUGAUGUCACGCUACUUGAAAGAGGGAAACCUGUGGAGCAGAGGGGACGUGACAUUGGUGCUUUGGUAGUUCGGAGGAUGUUUAAAGAAGAAAGCAAUUUUUGCUUUGGGGAGGGUGGUGCAGGUACUUGGAGUGAUGGGAAGCUAGUUACUAGAAUUGGAAGGAACAGUAGUGCUGUUUUAGCAGUUUUGAAGACAUUGGUCUUGUUUGGAGCUCCAAAGAAAAUUUUGGUUGAUGGAAAGCCUCAUCUCGGAACUGACAAGUUGGUUCCACUACUUCAAAACUUUAGGUGUCACCUACAAGAACUGGGUGUUACAAUCAAGUUUGGAACAAGGGUUGAUGAUCUACUUGUAGAGAAUGGGUUUGUGGUGGGAGUGAAGGUAUCUAAUUCAGGAGAUGGCCAACAAUCCAUCAGCGAUAAUUUGGGUUAUGAUGCAGUGGUUUUAGCAGUUGGGCAUUCUGCUCGUGAUACAUAUGAAAUGCUACUUUCCCAUAAUGUCAACCUUACCCAAAAAGAUUUCUCUGUUGGGUUACGUGUGGAGCAUCCUCAAGAGUUAAUUAACACCAUACAGUAUUCCGAAUUAGCCAAAGAGGUCAAAAGUGGGCGUGGGAGAGUUCCAGUUGCUGAUUACAAAGUUGUGGAUUAUCUAAAUACAGACAGCUUGGUUUCUCCUUCAGAAUGUAGACCAAUCAAGCGUAGCUGUUACUCAUUUUGUAUGUGUCCUGGUGGCCAGGUUGUUCUCACAAGUACAAAUCCAUCAGAAUUAUGUAUCAACGGAAUGUCAUUUUCUAGAAGAUCAUCAAAGUGGGCUAAUGCUGCACUUGUAGUCACUGUUUCACCAAAGGAUUUUUCUGCUUUAAGUUUAAAUGGACCCCUUGCUGGUGUUCAGUUUCAGAGAACAUUUGAACAAAGGGCUGCUCUGAUGGGUGGGGGAAGUUUUGUGGUACCUGUACAAACAGUGACUGAUUUUCUUGGAAACAAAUCAUCAGUAGCUUCACUACCAUCAUCAAGUUACCGUUUGGGAGUGAAAGCAGCAAAUCUUCAUGAAUUAUUCCCCAGUCAUAUAACUGAAGCUCUGCAAAAGUCAAUUUUAAAAUUUGAUAAUGAGCUACCAGGGUUUAUAUCCAGCAGUGCCCUUCUUCACGGAGUUGAGACGAGAACGAGUUCUCCUGUUCAAAUCUCCCGGACAGUACAUACUUCGAGAGUACCUCUAUGAAAGGGCUGUAUCCUGUGGGGGAGGGUGCAGGCUAUGCAGGUGGGAUAGUGAGUGCAGCUGUUGAUGGUAUGCAAGCUGGUUUUGCUCUGGCAAAGAGUUUGGGUCUUUUUGAGGGCGACCUAGACUCAAUUUUGGGAAAGGGGCACAAUAGCGAUGGAGUUGGAAAGUACUGAAAUU